UAUCAGCCUCGCUUAUCCUGGUUCUUCCCCUCCUGCACGUCGUAGCCACAUGACUUGGCGAGUAUCACAACUGCCGCCCACCUUCAUCUUCCUCUUUCAUCCACCACGACGAGAGCGCAAACAUGCUAUGCAACAUUUGCGUUGGUGUUCUAACACACCGAGCGAAUCUUAUCGCGAAAGAACAUGGAGAUGAUGGUCUCGCCAUCAUGUGCGCACACCACCGAACGCUAGAAACCCUUGAGAUGUCUGCAGCGCAAGGAUGCCACAUAUGUCAAGCAUUUUGGUUGCAAGUGUCUGAGACUGAACAAGACGCUUUGCGAGCUGCUGAGACGAAACGACUCUUAGCGACCCCUGGCCGACCGCCGGAAAAGCCAGAACCCGAUAACCUGGAAGAGUACUUCGAAUGGCUAACUUUCACCCUGCUUCUCAAAGAGCCAUGGGGCUUGGGGGUGGAUUACGUUUUGAUGCUAAAGUUCAGUGGCGAGGGAGUCGAUUGGAGAAGUGUCAGCCCUAAAGAUACUCCUGCGCUUGGUUUUCACACUUUUCAGAUAUGCUUCAAUCCAGACCGUCAACUUACUCAAGCAGUCAACUCAUACAGCACAGAUUCAGAUGAAUUCUGGGCUACUGCAAUGACAUGGUUCGACCAAUGCGUUAAAACGCAUGUGAAAUGCAACCCAAACCGCGACCGUCCGGCCUGGUACCCAACAAGGCUACUGGAUCUUGGAUCAGGUCAAAAUGAUAACCAAAUCUUGCGGCUGAUUCAAACAGCCGAUGAAUCGAUGAGUGGUCCGUACGUGACAUUGAGCCACUGCUCGGGGAAAUCCCAGUUCAUCCAACUGAACAAGAACACUUCCGCCAGUCUGCGCUCUGGCGUUUCCAUCGAAGUCAUGCCAAAGACCUUUAGAGAAGCUAUUCUAACAACGAGACGAUUCGGUACCAGGUACAUUUGGAUCGACAGCAUGUGUAUACAGCAGGACGAUCAAUCUGACUGGUUUCAUGAAGCAGCGCUCAUGCACAAAGUAUACUCGCAUUCAUAUUGCAAUUUUUCUGCUGCUUCGGCACUCGACGGCAGUCAAGGUCUCUUUCGCACGCGAGAUCCACAGGCGCUGAACGGGACACGAAUAGAACUCUGCGUCGCCGAUAUUGACGAAUCGCGUUCCCACAUCCAGUGCGACAUUCACAACUACUUCUUCUGGUCGCACAACAUCCCUGGCUGUAUCAUCAACAAACGUGCUUGGGUUGUCCAAGAACGUCUUCUCGCACCACGCGUUUUGUGCUUUGGCCACUCACAACUUCUCUGGGAAUGCAUGGAACAUGACGCCUCCGAGUCUUACCCAAACAGACUACCUGAUUUCUUCCAGAAACAAGUCUUCACCAACUUUAAGGCCCUGGACGCAGACACGUACAUCAGGAAGAUCGAAGCUCAAGGGCGUCAAGUCGAUGGAGACGUUGCCUGUUAUGUGAUCUGGAACAAGAUCAUCUCAGCGUACUCCGAAACACUCCUCACGGUAGCAACCGACAAACUGAUCGCGCUGUCUGGUAUUGCAAAGCGAAUGAGGCCGACCGUCAACAACGAUACAUAUGUUGCUGGUAUAUGGAGAAAGCACCUCGAAAGCGCAUUGCUUUGGCUAAUAAAAACUCACGAAAAGAUUGAUGGCUCGCCUUCCUGUCGACCUACACCCUACCGAGCUCCAACCUGGUCAUGGGCCUCAGUUGACGGCGUUAUGGUAACGGAAGCUGUGAGAAGUAAAAGCGAAUGGGCGAUCGAGGUUGUCGACCACCACCUUAAAUACGCGACAAACGAUACCACGGGUGUUGUUACCGGUGGCUGGCUUGACUUGCAAGGUGCACUGAAACCAUUAGGUGUUACGCACGAAACACAAGAUCGAUGGCGCAUGUUGGUAAACAACGUGCUUGUGCGCCCGCAAGACGAUAGUCUCCCAGACUGGAAGCGUAUAGGUCCUCUUGUUCACCUCGACGUACCCGCUACAGAUGACGCUUUUGUGCACGACAUGAUUCAGCAGCGUCUCUUCUUUAUGAUCGCUCGGACACCAGAGAGCGACAAUGAGUACAUCCCGAUCUUGUUGCUACGUCUCUGCGAUGCAGAGCGGAGGUUGUUCGAGCGCAUUGGUAUCGCAACUGGUGGUCCGAAAGGUGGAACAGAGUUACUACUAGCGGAGCUUGACGAAGAGACAAGAGCUUCUCUGCCUUGUCUCCGCUACGAGAAAGGGCUGCAUACGGUUCGAAUGAUCUAAAAUGAUGUGUUUGUUCCAUACUCACGAAACAAGCUUGAUGUAUUCCACAAGCGGGUGACGGUGGCAAAUACAUGGUGAGUUUCUGUUAGGUCCCCACUAGAACUCAAUCUACCUCGCAAUGCGUCAACGGUACAAAAAUGUACUAGAUUAGAAGCAAGCAUCUACUGUGG